UUAUAUUUGACGAUAGUUUUUUAUAUAUUGCACUGCCCUGUCUUUACAGGGAGAACUUCAGCAACUUAGAUAAUUUCGCAAUUGAUUUAAUCGCUUGCAUGGCCAAGUUUGGGACCACUUGCAACCCUGCAAAACUUUUUAUUCCAGUUUGAAAUAUUUGGUCUUAUUUUCUUAUAAGUGGUUCUACUUAAAUUCCUAAAUUGAACCGGUUUAGUAAACUCUUUCAUGGUUUAAAAUAAGUUGCAGUACGUGAACGCUACUGUUACAUAGAUAUUUUGCAAGCAUGGCUGUGCAAGUUUGCAAUGCUUCAGUGAGUUAUCGAAGUUCAGCGACAAGUGUUCUAAAUGGCGUCUGCUUGCAAGUGGAUCCGGGAACUAUAUAUUGUUUACUGGGUUCUAGCGGCUGCGGUAAAACAACUUUGCUUUCGUGCAUCACGGGAAUGCAGAAGCUGGAUAGUGGUUUCAUCUCAGUUUUCGGAAGAACCGUGUGGUCUAAAGAAUUGCUUGCUCGUAAUAUUUUGGGAUAUAUGCCGCAGGAUUUAUGCCUUCACAAGUAUUUGACGAUUGGAGAAAUGAUUUCCUUGUACGGACACAUUGGCGGAAUGAAAGGCAGUGACCUGGAAAAGAGAGUUCAAUUUUUAAUUCAGCUUUUACAAUUGAGAGACUCUAAUGUUCUAAUCAGCACGUUAAGUGGGGGACAAUGCAGACGCGUAUCAUUGGCUCUAGCCCUUGUCCAUAAUCCGCCUUUACUAAUCCUUGACGAACCAGUUGUAGGUUUGGACCCUUUGCUGCGUGAGAGUAUUUGGAAUCAUUUGGCUAGCCUGGCAAGAAACACGACAAUAAUUUUGACAACACACUAUACAGAAGAAACAAUUCGAUGUGACCGGAUAGGGAUACUAAGACAUGGAAGGAUAAUUGCUGAUGAUACUCCGCUAAAUUUAAUAAAUAAAUACAACACAUUACUAAUUCAAGACGCGGUUUUAAAAAUUUGUAAAGACGACAAUGAAAUGGCAAUUACGCAUGAAACUCAAAAUUUACCCAUAAUUGAGAACAAGGGAAGCUUUCCUCUUAACGACGCCUUAGGAGGAAGUAGUGGAACCAUUAUUUAUGCACUGCUGAAAAGGAACUUAACAUCGCAAAUUAGGAAUCCAAUGAUGAUUUGUCUACAAAUAAUGAUGCCAAUCCUACAAACUCUCCUGGGUGACUUGAUUACUGGAGGGGAUCCGAAAAUGGUCACGCUUUCUUUAAUCUCUUCCCCUUACUCGUGUGGUCAAAAUUCAUCCAGGUGUUUUUAUGACGAAGAUUAUGCUACGUGUAGUUUCAUUAGAAAAUUGAAUUCUGAGGAUAUUUCUCUGAACUGGAGAGCCUCGAUGGCUGAUGGGCUGACUGCCAUUGCCAACGGAGAAGACAAUGGCCUGUUGCACCUGCCUUCCAAUUUUAGUACACACUUAUUGACCAGAUUUUUUGAGGGGAACUUUGCAACAAACGAGUCAAUUGAUGGCUCAACAAUUACGACCAGGUUGGAUAUGUCAAACGCCAUUCUUGGAGGUUUCUUAGCUAACAAGAUAAAGAACGCAUACUUCUUUUUCCUCAAAGAAAUCGCGGCAGAUUGUGGGAGAGACAGCCGUUUGGCCGACAUCCCCCUGAAGUUUAACCCAAUUUACGGCCAGUUGGAGGGAGGGUGGGAGGAGUAUUUUCAGCCGAGCAUGAUAAUCGAUAUGAGUUUCCUCUUUCCUGCCGCGAUUAUUUCGGGGUUCCUCGUCCUCGAUAAGGCCAACGGGACGCUAAGCCGUGCCGCUGCGAUGGGCGUCAGUUUAACGCACACCGUAGUUUCUGCAUUUCUCACCCAGUUCUUAUUCCUCAUUUGCCAAGUGUUUACCCUCCUGGCAUUUCUUACGGUGUUUUCUAAUCUUGAAAUUAACGGAUCCUGGUUACUUUUCAUUGGUCUCCUUGUGUUAGUUGGAUCUACAGGAAUUACCUUUGGAAUAUUCCUCGCGACCGCUUGUAGUCAUGUUACGGAAGUGAUGUUCAUCAUGGUUUGGAUGAUAUUUACAGCAAUUUUUUCCACCGGUUCUAUGUGGCCGAUGGAGAGUGUUGUCCCCUGGUUUAGAUAUUUUUGUUAUAUUUAUCCAAUAACUCUACCACUGGAAGGGUUAAGAUCAAUUGCAUCGAGAGGAUGGGGGUUGGAGCACGUACAAGUUUCUGUUGGAUUUGGGGUAUUGGUCGGAUUGAGUAUAAUUUUCGUAGUGAUGAAUUAUGUUGUUGCAAAGUGUCGAAAAUAAAAUACUUUCUAUAUUGUUCGAAAAUAAAACAAAUUGCCAAAUUUCAUGAUAACUGAC